AUGAACUCGCUGAAUAUCCUGUCAUCCCGAGUCAUUGGCCAGUCUUCCAGUCCGAAUCGUAGCCGUCAGCGAUCUCGUUCGCAGGGAGACAUUCCCCCGUUGAGUUCGCCAGCCGACCUCGCCUCGCUCCGGUCGUACAGUGAGAGUAACUUCCAUGCGACGGACGUCCAAGAGAAAGACAGAGACGAUGCGAUCGAAUCGAUAGAGGAUGUCGACCACUCCGAAUAUACCUUGACGGAGAAAACGCCCCUGAUUCGAGGAAUCCAGAAAGACGGUCUCGCGGCAAGAAGUACAUUGGGACUGGUCGCCCAGCGGUUCUUCGAAGCCAUCACCGAAACGAUCAAGUUCAUCUUAUCGACCCUCGCAGCACCUGGUAUCUACGUGGCUCAGUGCUUUCGGGACGAUGACGGGUCCUAUUCUCCGAUGACCCCAGUACGGAGGCUUCGGCGAUCCCUGUUUGGCCCGUCCUCAACAGAUCCUCCCAGCGCGCUGCGCAGAGGCGCUAAAUCGGCCGACGGAAAACAGCGGACUGGUUCCGCACGCAGACUGAAAGCCCACGCCUCACGAGAAUCCAUCGCCUCUAGUACUUCCGAGUCCGAAGGGGACCGUCGAGCUGUCAAAGGUCUCACGACGAGUAAAUCUCGGCCGUCAAAAGCCAGAUCUCCGAGCCCCGACCAGGCUUCCGACGACAAUACGCCCCGCCGUUCCAUCCGCAUCAAGCUCAACAAUGAAGAAGCCCUCAAGCGGCAAAGACAGCGUCGAUCUCAGAGUGCCGACCUCGACCAGGCUGCUCGUUCUGGACUUCAGGGCUCGUUGAAUCCGGACAGUCUCAAGUCCCCAACGUCACCGUCCGUCCACCGUGUCACCCGGUAUCCGCACUCUCCUGUGCCGCCACGCCCGUUGAUCCCUCCGCGUCUCCCGUCGUAUACGGCCUCUUCGCGAAGUUCCCGGUUGCCUCAAAAGACGCUCGUCCUGGACCUGGAUGAGACCCUCAUCCACUCGCUGGCCAAGGGUGGCCGUAUGUCUAGUGGCCACAUGGUCGAAGUCAAGCUUGCCACGCCGAUGACCACUGCUCUGACUCCCGGCGGACCGGCCACGACGUUAGGACCGCAGCAUCCCAUUCUGUACUACGUCCACAAACGACCGCACUGCGACGAGUUCCUGCGCAAGAUCUGCAAGUGGUACAAGCUGGUUAUUUUCACGGCCAGCGUCCAGGAGUACGCCGACCCGGUCAUCGACUGGCUGGAGCAGGAGCGCAAGUACUUCCAAGCGCGGUACUACCGUCAGCACUGCACGUUUCGCAACGGCGCCUACAUCAAGGACCUCAGCUCCGUGGAGCCGGAUCUGAGCAAGGUGAUGAUCUUGGAUAACAGCCCUAUGAGUUAUAUUUUUCACGAAGACAACGCCAUCCCCAUCGAAGGCUGGAUCAACGACCCAACCGACAACGGUCUUCUCCAUCUCAUUCCGAUGCUGGAAGCUCUGCAGUACGUGACGGAUGUUCGGGCGCUGCUCGCAUUACGGCGCGGUGAAGUGGAGGCCUAG